AUGUCUGACAUCGAGAAGUCUCAACCUGGUUUCCCCACCUACAACCGCCGCAUUGCGAACCCCGCACCUUUAGGUUUGCUCUCAUUUGCAACAACCACUUGGAUCGUCUCGCUCUUCCUUGUACAGGCUCGCCAUGUUUACGUCACUAACUUGUCAUUGGCCAUGGCCCUUGCUGUUGGUGGCCUGACACAAUUCCUUGCCGGGAUGUGGGAGUUUGUGACUGGAAACACUUUUGCGGCAACUAUGUUCUCUAUGCUUGGCGGUUUCUACCUCGCUGUUGGUGCCAUCUACUGGCCUGGGUCUGGAAUUGCUGAUGCGUAUGCUGGCACUGGAGAAGGAAACGACGCUCUCGGUGUCUUCUUCACUGCCUUCUUCAUCUUCUCGGUUAUCAUGAUUGUCGGUUCCCUCCGUAGCUCGAUUGCGAUCACCACCCUCUGGUGCUCGAUCUUUAUGACUUUCCUCCUUGUUAUGAUUGGUGCCUUCCGUGAGCAGGAAAAGGUCCUCAAGGCGUCCGGUGGUUUCGGUAUCCUGACUGCUGCUGUUGCCUACUACUGCGGUGCCGCCGGCUUGUGGACCAAGCAAGGAACCUCGCGCGUUGCAGGUACAUCAGUCCGCCUCGCGCACCUGGAUCUCCCGUCGCUCGUAGAGAGCAAUUUCAACCUUUUUCUUUCCACCACGUCGCCCAUAACCGACUCUAACUCCUCGCGCAACGCGAGGGAUCCUCCGGCGCUGGUCAUUCGCCCGCCUGCCCAGCCUCCAUUCCCCGACAAGGACUGGGAGCCAUCUAGCGCCCUUGGGGUCUGCUCCCCUGAAGGGUUCAAAUCCGAACAGUCUAUAUCUCAGCUCAGGCCUUAUACUCCUUCUCCCUCUCUCCACUGUUGCCACGCCUCUCUCGACCCACCUGCCCAGCCCGAGGUUUUCCAAGUACUCGAGAGAGCAACCGAGGCAUUGCUCUUACACGCCCAACGAUCCUUCGAUUCGAUUACGUCAGAAUCAGUCUACUCCCACCCAGACACUGCCCCCGAUACUUUUCAGCCAGCGCGAUCACACGCAGACGACGACGACGGCAGAUCAGAGCUCGAGAAGAUCCCCGAGAUAGACCUAGAGCCACAGUCAAUCGAGCCCCCCUCCCAGCCAAUCCUUUCUGAACCAGCGGUCGAAUCACUCCAAGUCGCACGCCCGCUCUCACCUGUUGCUGCCGGCCUGGCGACAUCUUCAGUGUCUUCGAUAUCUCACGAUCGUACUAAGCCCAACAUUCGGCCAUCACUGAUUGGUUUCUUUUCUCGGUGGGCGGACAAGCGCUCACCGGCCCCUAAGGAGCAGAAGGACAGAGCGUCGGGACCCGUCUCCUCCCAAGGAUCAGGCGCACGGAAUGAUUCCACUAAUGGUGGUUCAGCCUUCACCAGGUUCAAGAACAAAUCAACUGAAAGGCUCACUGCACUGUUGGUUGGGGGAGAGGAUAUCAAACCAUCAUCCAGUUCUAUCAGAUCUUCACGAUUCAGAAUUGGUGGCCGCAGAGCGAACUCGGGGUCCAUCCGAACGACAGACAGGGUUGAUAGUAGUAAUGUAGCGCAGUCAAUUACGCAGGGUGUGGCCCAGAUAUCCCCACCCUCUAGUCCCGUUCCAGCGGCAAGAGCUCUGGAAGUUGCAGAUACAGAUGUUCCCCCCGAAAGUAGCAGUACACAUUCGAGCGAACGUGGCCGAGCGGUGGGACCGAGGUCGUCUGCCAGAAUGUACGAUAAGCCUCUUCCUGUUCGGUCGCCUUCUGAGGAGCCCAUUGGAGGUGAGCCCGUAUUGAUCAGUGUAAGCUUCUUUCUUCACCCGUCAAAGAUCACCCCAAGCCGACCAGCUUGCGCUAACAGAUUAGGGCCACUCCUAGACCGACGUCCAAUCGAUGCCGAACACGAUCCCGUACUACCCGAACCAGCAGACCAACCCGUCCAGGAAAACUCAUCAAGGAACCUCCCGACACCUCCGCGCUCUCGUUCACCAUCGCUUUUCAGGAAAAAAUUAAGAGAGAAGAGGGCUAGAACUGGGUCGCUUCGGGAUUUACUUAAGAAAUCAGAUUCGACUAAAAGUAAAAAACAAGAUCGUUUUACGCCUCCGACUCCUUUUAUCGCUUGGAUCACGCAGCAUACACACCGUUCUUCUCCAUCUGAACUACCUGAACCACCACUUCCGGCUCUCCCAGCUCUCGCAACACCACUAGCUACGCCCCAUAUUUCCCCUCCUCCUGAGAAUCUUUCGCCGGUCGUGGAAACUAGUCCGACGGAGACCUCGCGCAUAUUAUCAUUGGUUUGGUACCCUCCUGAACUCAUUCGAAGUCCUUAUGCAAGUGGCAUUAGCCUCAGCGAGUACCAUGAUCGUGCCAACAACCCCGGCUCCGCGGCUGCUCCAUAUGACGAGCGCGCAAGUAGCAUAUCCUCCAGGCUACCCGGCUUUUCCGAGCCUGCAGAUGAGACGGGUUCUCAAUCCGAUCCCCCCUAUUCAUUAUAUUUACAACCGCCACUUUCCGGAGCGACAAGCCGUGUUGCGAGUCUCUCAUCGAGUACCAUUCAUGCUUUAACUACCUCAGAUCGCAGGUCACCGGCAAAGCUACGCCGCAAACAUAGCCAGGAAGUAAAUCGAAAACAUCUCGCAUCCCUCCAACUUCAAAGUGUGGCCGGGAGUAGUACCGGCCCAGCCUCUUCGGCGCCUUCCCGUUCUUUGGAUACACUGCUGAACAGCGCGUGGCCGGAACCCCCUGACCAUACAAUCAAGAGUGACGGAGAGGACCAAGCGUAUCAUUACCUAACCGAAACGGGUGCUGAUGAAGACUCGGAUCGCGAAGAAUAUCUUCCUUCUCCUACAUCUGCUGGUGGCGCAUCCACCCAUCCAGCAACACCCAAACACUUACGGGCGAGACCAAGGUCGAGAUCCCCCGGAGAGCCCAUACGUGAUGAGCACCCCCUCCCUGUUGUGAUGCGUGGUGCUAAUGGCGAUCAAUCGGAUUGGGAGCCUGACUCGAGAGUUACGUCUAUUUGUCUGCUUCCCCUUCUACCACUCGAUCACCGGCUUCGCCGGGUGCAGAGGGCAGGAAGUACGAGUGCCGCUCGUCCAAUUGGAAUUUUCGAAAACCUUCCUUUCAGACCGCUUCCCCAGUGGCCCGUUCCACGUCCAUCACGCCAAUCCCACCUCCUGGGACCCUGUCUGGGACCCCUCCUGUUCGCCCAACACUCGCACGCGUCCCCUUCACCCACCCGGGCGUCUUCAACCCCAAGGGCGCCAUCUCCUGUACCCCCGAUACGUAUCCCUUCGGCUACGCCCAUUUUAAAGGCACCCCUUCCCCGGCGUACUACAUCUUAUCAGUCCGCUGCGUCUAUACGCCAACUCUCGGAACGGCGUGAUUCUGUCGAGGAAGCUUACUCUAUUCGAGACGACGGCGCUCCGCGGCUGGGCCAAGCCACCCUAAGCGCCGGUCGCCAACUCAGGGAAGAAAGGACUUGUACUCCACCUCCAGAAGGGAUUCAGGUCAAUACCGUAGGAGCCGAAAAGACUCGAAUCGCUCGUAUAGAGAGUCUAUCAAAUCACACAGGGACUCACUUACAUUACGACGAGACUCGCUACAAGUUCAUAGAAGAGAUUCUAUUCACUCCAUCCAGGUUCGAGACUCUAUUAUCUCACAACACAAAGAUCAAGCCGCAUCCGAUAAUCAAAUUUGGACUGUGCCUCGGAGCCAUCUUCUUGAACGAGUAUCAAGAUUAUAUCAACCGAGAUUCAACACGCGCCGAAGAUAGUGAACAUCAGCCGAGUAAUAACAAUAUGGCCGAACACAGAUCAGGGUCUGCUGCCUCCGGUUCAUCGAAAUCCUCCAGAUCCAAGGUGGACCCAGUCAAGGACUGGCACAAGGUCCAACCCUCGGGUAGUCGAACUUCCAGUAGUCGAGGAUCGAUUGACCGAACUGGCGCGCUAUAUGUUCCCACCCCUGACGUUAUCGAGCGCAACGAGCUGAUCAUCAAGGCUUUGAAGAACGCUCCAGAUGCCCUUCAUACUAGGUUCAGGCACUUUGGGCAGCUGGGGGUCCUCGGAUGGAGCAGCGAAUUUAGCGAACUAAUUGACGAAAUCCAGCGGUGUGGACUCGAGCGCCAGAUGUUUACCACUACGCGCGCACAGGCAUUGUCCACCUGCAAGGCACUUCUUAAACUGCACAUCGAUAUUCGAUUGCAGAUGAUUAGCAUGUACGUCUUUGAUCGCCCAUUGUUGCCACCGAGCUGCGUCGCUUACUCACUUGCUCUCGCCGACCUCAUUAGGUUUCUGUGUUCGCAGAUCGCACGACUUAGACGAUUCCUUGAUGCCGAAACGGAGUAUACCGACUAUCCAACACCCGACUUUCCUCUCCCUGAAGCCUAUUGA